GCCCUAGAGCAGAGCCUCCCGCCAGCUGGAGGGAGGUACCGGGCAUCCCGCAGCUCCCUGGGGCCGGUGCAAGCACCGCCCGCCGGGUUGCUGCCCCGUGCAGCGGACGGGAGGGGCGAGGGCCCGGCCCAGCUUCCGCCGCUGCCCGGCAGAUCCCAGAAGGCGUUGGUCCGGUCUGGGAAGCAGCGGGAAGGGCGCUGGGGCAGAUACCCGUUGUACAGUCCCUGACCUCCCCUCUCUUCGCUGUGCUCAGAAAGAGGACCAUGGCCUUACGUCACUCUGUUGAGAUGGAACCUUACAGCGGCCCUGAGCCUGGGGACCUGAUCGAGAUCUUCCGGCCACAUUACCAGCACUGGGCCCUCUACCUGGGGGAUGGGUAUGUCAUCAACGUGACGCCUGUAGAUGAAGGGCCCUCGGUGGCGCUGAGCAGUGCCAAGGCAGUGGUAAGUGGAAAGGCCCGGGUGAGGAUGCAGCUUCUGAAGGAAGUGGUGGGAAGCAAUACCUACCACAUCAACAACAAGUACGACGCAAAGUACACUCCACUCCCAGUGAAGGACAUUAUCCGGCGUGCAAAGCGCUUCAUCGACCAGGAGGUGUCCUACGACGUGCUUGGCAACAACUGCGAGCACUUUGUGACAAUGCUCCGCUACGGCGAGGGGGUUUCUGAGCAGGUUGACAACACCAUCACUGCUCUUGGCAUUGCAACAGUUGUCCUUGGUGCCUUCUCCGUGAUGGGCUUGCUCUGGAGCAGAUCCAGAGAAAGAAAAAACUGAUGGGCUGUUGGAAUUAGCUUGAGCAGGGCAGGGAGCCCCUGGCCUGGAAGGACCCAGGACAGUUUGUGGCCACAGCUGCCCCUAGGACUUACUAACAACUGUGUGGCCCUUCCUGAGAGCAGAGCUAACCUGUUUACCACACCUGAUUAUAUUUAAUUGCAUGUGAUGAUUUUUUUUCCUGGUAGUCUGAGAGCACUUACAAGCAAAUUCUCCAUCCUUACACUCUGGUGCACUGCUGAGGGCUGGCACAGACUUUCUACAUGCAUUCUGUUCUUAACAACUAUAUCCUCUGAGCUCUUCCUGUGAACAACUUAUGUUAACCUUAACGUUUUUACUUUUUUUAAUCAAAAGUAAUUUUAAAGUAUUGCUGAGGACUUACCAUGUGUCCUCCAGUGCAAGUGCCAGUGGAAACCCCCAGGUUCCCAGGCCUCUGGAAGUGCAGAGAAGGCAUGGACUGUGUCUCAGAACCUGUGCCCGCAGUGCCUAAACUGAGCUGCUUCUGUGAGGGCAGGAGGAAGGGAGGAAGAGCAGGUCUUGCAAGCUUUGUUCCUCUGUUUAACUGAGUGCUCUGAUUUUGAGGUGGUGUUUUGCUAAGUUUUUUCCUGCCUGUAAAGCAUCUCUUUCUUUGGGUCAUCUCUCUUUGGGAGCAAGCAGACCAGUUUGGGGGGAUCAGAGAAAAACACAGGCUACCUUCUCCUCUGGCAGUUUGUUCCAGCUUAGGACUGCUGUGCCACUGAAUUUUCUGUCUUCAUCCCUGUAAGGGCAGUGAUUGUUGGUAUUGGACCUGAUCACAUUUACUAGAGGAUCUUUACGGUUUCUUCCAGCCCAAAAUGUUUAGGAAUUCUACUCUUUGGGCUGCCAAAGCACUGAAGUUUCAAUAAAGACCACCAUGGAUUGCAAGAGCAGCAGGAACUUCUGCCCCCAGCAGCUGUGGCCAUGGGCUCUUCAUGACCACAAGUUAAAUUUAAGCAGUUUGUAGCCCCAACCCAAGUAAGAUCUUUCUCCAACCAGUGGGAAGGCAAAGCCAGGGUGCCUCUGGAGCUGUGGGCAGCAUACCUGGGGAAUUUGCUGUGCAGCACCUAUGCCCCAUCUCCAAAUUUACAGCACCCCACUAUUCCUUGUCACAGAGCUGACAUGUGGCUUGUCUUAGAAAAAAAAGGUUUUGGAAAAGUGUGGUUUGUUACUCUUUCCAGGAGGAUCUGGCUCACAAGCUUGAAACUGUGUUACAGAAAUUCAGUGCAGUGUUGUUUUCAUUGCAGUCAGCUGCCUGGAACGUAAGAAGAGAUGGGAGCAAAAGAGCUGUCUGUAAGAGACUUGAUAUUUUCAUCUGAUCUUAAUGUGUACACAACAGGGUCAGAAGCUUUUUUUAAACAUCAGUUGCUUCAGUGUUUGAAAUAACAAAUCCAAGGCCUCUGGUUGUAUUUUGUAAUGUCCUUACUAUAUUUAAAUAAAAUUUUUAAGAGUGGAAAAUAUA